GUUGAAGCUCCUACGAGGGGCAGUUCGGAUAUCGAUGUGGAGGCUAAAAGUUCGCCUGUAGAGGCUAGUGUUCCUAGUUGUGCUCCGACGAAUCCAAUGCCACCAACGGCGAGGUCUUCUAUUAAAGAUGUCGACGCUGAUUUUUACCACGACCACAGCCCACGACCAGAAGCAGCUGCUGGAGUUUCUCCUUUAGUUUCUGCUCCUAAACAAGAAUUGGCGCGUGAACUUCUCCUGUG